AUGGGUGGCCGCUGCGAAAGCUGAGCUAUUUAAUAUAAACAAACUUUAAAGUCAAGGUUCACAAUAGUAUACAGAGAAGACGUUACCAUAUAUGAAAUAUUGACACAGAAGGGAAACUCCUUUGAUGUGUUUCCAAAGUGUAGUGGACGUCACAAGAAAAUUAAAUAAAUUAAACAAAAAUAUAUUAUAUUUUAUAUUAACCAAAUUAUAGUUUACCUUUUUCUCAUCAGGUGUAAAAAGGAUGCAUACAACACAGUUUAAUAAGGUUUAUGAGGGCCUUUAAAGUUUUAUAAAUUCGAUAAUCAAUUUAAUAGAAAAUACCAAAAUACGUUAACAUAUAAUUAAAUUGAAUUUAAAGAAAAGUUCAGUUCGAAUAAUAGGCUAAAUCCGAUUAUUGAAAUAUCUACCCUUCGGUGACAUAAUCUAUGACGUUACUAGGUGAGGAAAAAAAAAAAAAAAGGACGGUAAAUGGCGCGGGAGUCGUGUUUUAGGGAUUGCGCAAUAAAAUAAAAAAAAUAACUGGGAUAUAGAUCUAGGAGGGACUGGAUCGAUGAAGGGGUUUGAGAUCUUAGUGUAUCACUAUCGAUUAAGUGUGUGAAAUUAAUCAAUAGAAGACUGGAGAAUGCGGUGAGCUUGUUCCAUUUAUUACUACGUAGUUAGAUUUUUGACUGUGAUCACAGGCAAAGUCUAUACUUAAUAUUUUUCCCAAAAACUAUUAAAAUACGUAUUUAGUCGAGUCCAUAUACCUUUAGGUAAUGCGUAUAUCGUUAAAUGCAAUCACAUUUGAACAAAAUUUACAUCAAUAUAAUUUACGUACUUACGUUAUUCUACUCAUAUACAAAAUCCAAUUAUAUGGUCGUUUGAUAGAACUUCAUCAAUUUGAUUCAAUGUUCUAAUUGUCCAGUUUUGGAAAAUACUUAUUGAAUCAACUAUUGAACUAUUACAAUACUAACUAGUUUCAUAUCUAGUUAUUAUAAAGUAUUUAUUUAUUGAGGAUAAUAGACUAAAGUGACUAUGGUCUGGUCUCAUUGCUGGGGAAACAGCCAUUGAUGAGAGAGAGGGGUUAUUGAGUGGCGACCCUGUAAAUGCAAGUGCGGUGUGGGCUACCUCCAUUGUUUGGAGUGACUGUUUUAUGUGUAUUGUGGGGCCGUUCCUUGUGUCAGUCGGUGGAAAUUGCCUGUGUUCAGUCGUGGGUUGGUGAUGGUUGAGACGAUGAUGAUGAUGAAAUAUUUGUAUUUAUUACACAAUUACAGUGUUGGUUUGGAAUAUCUGUUCAUACUUAACGCUUCAUGGUGAAGUGUUUUUAUACCAUUACUCAGUCGACCAGAUUAAUGAUUCUUAGUCUAUAUUUGAUUAUCCAUGACUACAUGUGGGGAUUUGUUUUACACCAGAUGUACAAAGAGACAGCUUAACUGUUGCAAGUGAUAUUAUGUGAAUGUAAUACUUUUAAUACAUUAUUAAUUGUGUUACUAAAUAAAUUCAUGUGACUGUGGGGUGUUUAUGGUAAACAAGCCUGUAUUGUUUAAAUAGAUAUUUUGUCUUGAUUUAUUAUAAACUUUAAUAUUGAUUUUGUUGUAGUAAGCAAGCUGAUAAUAACAAUUCUGUGUGUAUUACUGAUUACUAAUAAUAUUUAAUUAUGCUGAUAUUAUAGGUGUGGAUUUAUUUCCUAAUGGUAAUAAAAGUACUGAAAGAUUCUCUGACUAUAGUUGCUCUUGACUAGGUGUGGGGUUCGGUAUGGAAUUGGUACUGUAUGACACUUGUGAGGCUAUGUAUUUUGCUCAUAUUUAGAAAGGAAGUUGUCCUGGCGAUGGGGUUUGUAUGUAUGUUGUUUGUUCAUGUUAUAUUGACUAGACAAGUUCGGACAGGGUUAAUAUUAGUGAAUAUUUACUGGAUUUAUAUUUAAUAUACAUGUUUUGAAUAUUUUAUGGGAAUAGUAUGGAGAUAUACAAGUAGUAAAAUAUAAUAUUAGUAUUUUAUAAAUUUAAUUAUUGAGUUAUAUGUUUAUGUCGGACUGUAUCCAAGGAGAUAUUAUCCUAUUAAUAUCAAGUUAGGACAAUUACUUUAAAUAUUAAUAAAGCAAACACUAACACUGAUUAUUCACUUCUUUAAUAAAUUUACAUUAGAGGUUAGGAAUCAAAUAGAUAGCAUAUUGGGAAAUCUUCACCACUCAUGUAUUUGAGGAAUGUUCUUGAUAAUUAGUACUGUAUGUAUAUAUUAUUGCAAGUACAAUUGCAAUAAGAAUGUUAAACUUCUAAUCUUCUGUUCAUUCUUGAAUUUGAAAGUAAGCUUGGCUACUGAUAUGAAUAUAAAACUGCAGCAUUACUGGAUACUAUUAAUUAUUUCUGGUGUAAACCAUGAUUAUUUAUGUCACUGAUAAUUUAGUUGUAUAUUACGGUUGAUAUAUGAUGAUUUUAUAUUUAAUUAUAUUAAACAAAUACAAAUAAACAAACUUGCUAGUAUUUGUUACGUUGACAGUUGUGAUAGAUAAUCAAAAUUCAAUUCAAUACAUCAAUACGUCAUUCAAUACGUCAUUAAUGUGACAGAUGUCAAACAAAAGGAGAUUAUACACGUUAUGAUUCUAUAUCUAAGUCUAUAGAAAAUUUAUAUAAUUUUCUGUUAUUUUAUAAUAACUGUAGGGGAAAUAUUGGAAUUAUUUAUAUGAGAAAUUUCACUUAAAUGAUAUGAUAAUUAUUUAAAGACCUAAUUUCUUAGGGAUUUAAUCAUGAUGAUUUAAACACUAAAACACUUGUUUAUCUGAGAAAUCCUCUUAGUAAAUAGGUUUACUAAGACACUAAAAGGAAGUAGAUAUAGUAUAACUAUAGUACAGCUACAAUAAUUGUAUGGGACUUACUGUCCUUUCUAUACAAAUAUAUAUUUAAUAUAUAUCUUUUACAUUAUAAUUAUUCAAUAUACAUCUACUACUCAACAUACACAAAUAGGACUUAUUGUCCUUCCUAUAUACCUAUAUAUAAUAAUUGACCUGGCACUUUAAUGUGUAAUUUAUCAGUACUUACGUCAACAACCAAUUAGGACUUAUAGUCCUCUCUAUAAAGCUACAUAAUUUAUUAAUCUGAUUAUUUCACAAUGUGAUUAAUCAAACCUCUACAAAUAUUACAAAAGAUCUCUAUUACUCUCAACACAAUAAUAGCUUGUUGGACUUAGUGUCCUCAAACUUAUAGAAAACCCAACUGGUUAUUUUACGAGACGUUGUUAACUUGUGAUUAAUCAGUGUCUUUUAAAGGACUUAUAGUUCCUUUAGAUAUAUCUCUCUGAAUAAAUAAUUGGUUAAUUCACAAUGUGGAUAAUCAACAAUAAUAUUAUACAUAAUUGACUGGACUUAUAGUUCAUUCAAUAGCACUCAUUACUUUUAGUAGCUCUCGACCUAUGGGUUGGACUACUCGUUCUUAGGCUCCGGCCUAAUCAACAGAUUUAACUUGAACCUUGAGUAUUCUUGGUAUUAAGUAAAUAAUAUUAAAUUGACAAUGCUAUGUUAUGAUAUAGCAAUUAUCAACAUUAUAUGGCUUGGCCAAUUCCAGGGUGUGGAAGGUAUCCCCUAUCACACAAAUCUUCAUUUCUAUCGGACUGUCUUCACAGGUGAUCUCUAAUGUCACAUUAUAGGGCCGAAGGGUUAUGUCCCAUCAAAGUAGGUUCUGGUGUCUGGGUGAUCUCGCUUCUUGGUCUGAUCUCUUGUGGAGCCGAAGGGAAACCCCCAUUGAGUAAGCUCGUAACAGGGUGAUGCUGGGAAACAGUUUCGUACUGUUAGUGGGUGAUCUCUAUUUCGCCAUAUAGGACUGAAAGGGUCAUCGCCCAUGAGUAAGCUCUCGUGUCGGAGUGAUCCUGGGAUUUCAGUUCCGAUCCUUUUGCCUCUGGCAAACAUUAAUUUAUACUGGAAGCAUCGUGGGGCUGGUGGAGCCACUGUAAUAUUGAAGUAAAUGUACUUAUGUUUGGUUUGGAACUGAGAAUACUCAUUCCCUUAUUACCAUCAGAGUGCAUUAAUAAAUAGUAAUACCCAUCCCUACCUUUCAGGAGGAAGAGUUAUAGAUAGUUGGAAAGUCUUCCACUGGUCCGGGCGUGUGAGGGGCCCGACCGCUCCCCCAUUUUUUUAUUAUUACAGUUAUUCUGUAAUUUAUUAUUAAAUUAACAUAACUUCCUUGUUACAUGAAUUAUGAGUAUAAUUCAUUAAUUAUUCUUAAUCCUUAAAGAUUUAUCAAUCAUCUUCAUUAUUUAACUCCUAUCAUAUACCAAUUAAAGAACCUUUUGGUUAUUACACACACAACGGGUCCUACAUUACUAGACGAUCACACAUUUAUUUAUCUGGCCAGAUGAUCAAGUGUUCUACUAUAAGAUCUGUUCAAUAUUAAGUGUUUAUUGUAAGGGUUUAUAUGAUUCAUAGGAUGUUUGGGGUGUAUAAGGCAAUAUAGAUAUGGGGUUAUAUUGAGGGUGUUAGGCCAUUCUUUAGGGUAAGUUUUCAUUAGAUUUUCAUAGAUUUCAUUAGGUUAAGCCUACGUAGGCUUUUCUUAGGCUUUGUAGGUUUUCCAUGUGUAGAUUAGUUUAGAGGGUAGUUAUUAUAAGGGGUGCAAAGGGGGGACCAUCACACCCCCAAAUAAAACCUAUUAGGUACACGGAAUUAUUGUUUGUUAGUAACGCGAAUUUGCAGUUGCACUAUCCCCGAUUAUUAUUAGCUUGUUUAUUUUUCUAAGACGCGUAGAAUGUAAAUAAUACAAUUACACAAAACGUUAAUGUUAUUUUGUUUGUAACCCAUUUACUAUUUAAGCGUUAUCAUCAAAUUAGUAAAUAAUUACUAUAAUUGAAUAUAAUUGUUACAGUCAUUAGUUACAAUAGCUAAUGAGAAAUAGAUCCCUUCAGAACACCUUUUUCAAAAGACCCCCAUUAUUGUCAAUAUCUUAACACCUUUCACUAAUUAUCUAUUUUUCAAUAUUUUGAAUGUAUAUAAGGGACUGUAGCUAUGAAACCAAUAUCAUUUGCCAAUAGUAUCUUGUGAGGAGUGUACUAGUGUUCGUUUAUUAAAUUAAUAAAUAUACCUAGUUAUCACGAUUAUAAUAUAUAAUAUUAAAUAAUAAAAUUUGUGAGUGGCGACUGUAUUUGAGUGUGCAUAUCAAUUUCUAUUUGACAUUAAUUUUUAUUUCUUCCUCCAUUUGGAAAAGUCGAUAACGCAAGUUGACGGUUGAAGUUACAUAAGGUAAUUAUACUCUUAGAAUUAAUUAUACUCAUUAGCAAUUUAUAGCAAUUUUGAUCAUUUUUCAUGAAAUAGUUGUGUUCUGCAUUAUAAUCAUUCACGGAAUAAUAGUUAUCACAUUCAUAGUACAGAUGAAAAUCAGUGUGUGUGUGGGGGGGGGGGGGGAUCGACCUAAAUAUCUGUUAUGUACCUACGUGAAGACAUACCUAUAUGGCAUGUAAGUUGUGGGUUUUUUUUUUAUUGGAUGAAAAUGGAAUGGUAACCCCGCCUGCGCUAAUGGAGUACGCUGGCAGGGUACCAGUGAAGGGUGAUCGAUGAGGAUGAAAACAGGCCAGUUAGCCCAUCAUGAUGAAUUCAUCUGAAAUUAAUCAUGAUAGUUUCCAGGGGGAACCGCGAGGAGGUCGACCUAUUUGGGUAUAUUGCUAGCAAUAGGAUUCUUAGUCUCCAUUACUAACAAUCCCUUUCCCCCAAAUAAAACCUAUUAGGUACACGGAAUUAUUGUUUGUUAGUAACGCGAAUUUGCAGUUGCACUAUCCCCGAUUAUUAUUAGCUUGUUUAUUUUUCUAAGACGCGUAGAAUGUAAAUAAUACAAUUACACAAAACGUUAAUGUUAUUUUGUUUGGGACCCAUUUACUAUUUAAGCGUUAUCAUCAAAUUAGUAAAUAAUUACUAUAAUUGAAUAUAAUUGUUACAGUCAUUAGUUACAAUAGCUAAUGAGAAAUAGAUCCCUUCAGAACUCCUUUUUCAAAAGACCCCUAUUAUUGUCAAUAUCUUAAACACCUUUCACUAAUUAUCUAUUUUUCAAUAUUUUGAAUGUAUAUAAGGGACUGUAGCUGUGAAACCAAUAUCAUUUGCCAAUAGUAUCUUGUGAGGAGUGUACUAGUGUUCGUUUAUUAAAUUAAUAAAUAUACCUAGUUAUCACGAUUAUAAUAUAUAAUAUUAAAUAAUAAAAUUUGUGAGUGCGAUUGUCUUUAAGUGUGCAUAUCAAUUUCUAUUUGACAUUAAUUUUUAUUUCUUCCUCCAUUUGGGAAAGUCGAUAACGCAAGUUGACGGUUGAAGUUCCAUAAGAGCAAUGGAGGGAACGAUCACACCGGAGAGCCGGCACCAUUCUCAAGCAGCCCUGGGCAAUAUCACCGCUCGAAUGGAUCGGCUCCGGGUCGCAAUCUCACAGUCGAUCAUGCUAAUUAGGGAACGCUCGUCAGCUCUGCCGUCCAGCUACCUUCGUUCGACGUCCUUGCCUGAUAAGAUAAUUAUGCAACAAAAAGAUCAUGAAUGUCUUGCUACCUCGAGGUCGCCGGAUAUUGAAUUGAAAACAAACUCCACAAACUACUCAAUUGUUCGAACACCGCAGAAAAACUCGAGCUGCCUUUCUCCGCCGAAAUUAGAAGUCAAUUCACAUGUCCGAAAACGCUUACUGUUCGGGGACUCCGAAAGAAUACUUUUGACACCAGAGAAGAUAGAUUUCAGUGAUAUUAGCACACUGCAAAAAUUCGAAAUAAGCAGUCCCAUUAAAUCAACACCGCCAAUUAAAAAAACAAGGCUAGAGAAAACAAUAGAUAAUAAUGGACCUUUUGAUGUGGCAUUGAAAGGUUUAAGUCCUAAUCAACUGAUUGAUAUAAUUACAUCUGUCACUUACAAACAUCCAGAGAUCGAAUACGAGAUCAGAAAAGACAUGCCGGUUCCGGAUUUGUCGCCGUUCAAGCAGAGGCUUCUAUAUUUAAAAUCAAAUAUUUAUAAAGGGCUCCGAACAUUGCGGUCGGCUUCUAAAACCGAUUUGUUGGCUUACUCGCGUACUUCUACUCACCUAGCAGCUUUUAAGAAGUGUUUAGUGGAACAGGGAAAAGUCUUAGUGGAGUCUCAACACUGGGAGUCUGUUAUUAAAUAUGUUUUACUAGCCUGGAAAUACGUCAGAGCUACACCUGUGUGGGAUCAUCAGGCACAUAAUGCCUGUAGGAAGCAGUGCUUCGAAGCGCUAAUUGCUUUUUGCAUAAUGGCUCUCAAGAAGGGACAUUUAGAGAAGGAUGUAUUAAUUUACACCAAAGAUAAGCUGCAAGACAUGGUUGCAGACAGCGAAGACAUCCUAUCAUGUAUAAAGAUAAUUAAAGAAAAGUUGUCGGAUUUGUGAAUACCUUAAUAGUUAUUAAUUAAUACCUUAAUGUCUAAAGGAGUGAUUUUUUAUAUUUUAUUUUUAUUAUUAUUUGUAUUUUUUUAAUUUGUACGUAUCAAUUUAUUGUCAUAGUAAUAGAUAGUAGGAAUAAAGGCCUUGUAUUACUAUGCAUUUGAUGUAAUACUUAUAUUAGUUUUGUUUCAAUGUACAUGUAAAAAUAUAUAUUACGAGAGUUACUAUUAAAAUUAGGCAAGACUGAUAUAAAAUAAAAUAUUUUAAUAAAAUAAAAAUGAACUAAAAUUAAGAGUCACCUAUGAAGGUAUUUUUGGCUAGCUAAAUCACGACAAUUGUAAUAUUUAAGAUUUGUAUAUUUAUGUAAAUAUGUCAAAUUAUAAUCUAAAGGUUCUCAAAGAGAACACAAUGAUGUAAUAUAAACAUUAGAGUAUAAAUAAACAUUAAAGAAUAAAUAUUUAUAUAUUAUUAUA